AUGAUACAAUUCACGCAGAAGCAUGUUCGCGUCGCCGUCACACAGGCAGAGCCGGUCUGGCUCGAUCUUGUUUGUACUGUCCAGAAGAUAUGCGAUCUGAUCACCGAGGCUGCAUCAACGGGCGCCGAAAUCAUCAGCUUCCCUGAGUGUUGGCUCUCGGGAUAUCCGGCUUGGAUCUGGGACCGUCCGGUGGACCCAGAGUUGGCUGCUCGAUAUAUCCGCAACUCUCUCGUUGUCGAGUUGGUCGAAAUGGAACGCAUCAGGGCGUGUGCGGCGGCAAACAAGAUUAUUAUCUUGACGCUUCGGAGCAAGACCAAGGCUACCCACAUGGAGAGGACCAUUUUUGGCGACGCUACCGCCGAAUGUCUUGACAGUGUCGUAGAUACGCCUCUUGGUCGGAUCGGCGCCCUAUCCUGCUGGAAGCACGUCCAGCCGCUUCUUAAAUACCACACCUACUCGCAGCGCGAGCAAAUACAUAUCGCCGCCUGGCUACCCGCAUUCGACCACGACGGCAAGUCGCUGUGGUCCAUGUCACGCGAGGGAACUGAGGCCAUCGCUCGCACCUGUGCCAUCGAGUGGCAGUCGUUUGUGCUUCACACGACGGCCGUCUUCAGCGAGUCCGGCAUCGACCAAAUGAGCACACACAAUGACUUGAUGAUGAACUCGCCCGAAGGAGGUUCGGCCGUUUUCAGUCCUGACGGUCAGAAGUUGUCAACCAAUAUCCCAGCGGACAAGAAAGGCAUUAUCUAUGCUGAUUUGGACAUUGACGACAUCCUGCAUUCAAAGGCCCUCUUAGAUGUGGUUGGCCACUAUAGCAGACCUGACCUGCUUUGGCUCGGCGUGGAUCCAGUAGUGAAGCCUCAAGUUAAGUUAUAA